AUGGGACAUGUGACCAGAAAUAGGACAUGUGACCAGAAAAACAUCGUCAAAAUCUAUCGACUUGGCAAAAGAAGUGACAUCAUUACACGUCCGAUUUUGAUCAAAUUUGAUGAUGCAAAGAACAAGGAAUUGGUCCUAAGAAACAGUCACAGAUUAAAAUCCAUUGGUGAUGAUUUGACGGGUAUUGGUCUGAGCCACGAUGUUACAAGUGAACAAAGGAAUGAACUAAAACAGCUUGUCAGUUGUGGGAAGAAACAGGAAUCUCAAGAUAAUGAGAUUUUUUAUACCGGAAACAACAAGAAAUAUAAUACUAAUAAGGAAACGGUUAGGAUUGGUCUGUUGAAUGUCAGGUCUAUCAACAAUAAGGUUGAUGAUAUCUAUGGAAUGAUUUAUGAUGGCCUCGACAUACUGGUUCUGUGUGAAACAUGGCACGAGACCAAAGGUAAUAUUUCCGUUAGAUUAGCUAUGCCACCUGGUUUCUCAUUUGUGGAUUUUGUCAGACCGCAUGAUCCUGGUCACGGGGGUUUGGUAAUUUAUUUUCGAAGUGAUUUCAAACCUGGCUCGGAACAGACGACUUCAUUAUUCUUUGAAGAGUUGAUUUUUAUUUUAGAGUUUAUUACAAUGUCGGAGGCACAUGUCGUACUUAUGGGUGAUUUUAACAUUCACGUUAAAAAGAAAGAUAGUUCUUUCACUUUACAACUACAUGAGAUACUUGAUAUGUUCCAGUUGGUCAAUUAUGUUAAUCAACAAACGCAUGUGUUGGGAGGUACGUUAGACCUAGUAAUUUGUUCACAUGAUUUUCCAAUUCUUGAUACUGAGAUUGACCCGUGUUCGAUAUACUCAGAUCACAGUUACGUAGGUGUGAGAGUGGCGUUGAAUCAAGUCCGACCAAAAUUGGUGAAAGCAUGUAUCAGACCGUGGAAAGAUCUGAACGAAUUUAUAGGAACCGUCCGGAAAGUGGGCGGAAGAAAAGAUGGGCACUCUUAUCGGUGGCUAAAAACAGACUUUUUUCUGACAAGCAUACGCAUUAUUGGAACAAUAUCGUAA